ACGGUCUUAAAGAUCUAAUACGACGACGUACUUAACCAAACUCUUUCAGCUCGCUGUAGUGUUGCAAAAUAAUAAAUUAUACGAGCUGAUACAUCAGAGAAGCUUCGAUAUUUCAGAAUACCGCAUAGAUUUUAUCAAAAUGCAACUUACAAUCCGUGGACAGGAAACGACCGUCGUCGAGUGCCAAGAUGACGAAAAAAUACAAUUCGUGAAGGAAAGAAUUGCGUGCCUUCAAGGUUUACAAGAUGAAUUUCAUCUGUACUGUAAUGGAUCUUUAUUGUCGGAUGAGACUUGUAUCAAUGAACUUCCAUCGAAUAUUCUUGAAUUGACCAUACCAUUAUUAGGAGGAAAGGUCCAUGGUUCUCUGGCACGUGCUGGGAAAGUAAAGGCACAAACACCCAAGGUUGAAAGGCAAGAGAAAAGUAAGAAAAAGACUGGCCGUGCUAAACGACGCAUUCAAUACAAUCGAAGGUUUGUCAAUGUUGUUCAGACCUUUGGCCGUCGACGUGGACCAAAUGCUAAUACGACUUCUUAAGAAAUAUUGUACAUUGUAUGAAAUAUUUUAUUAUAUUGAGAUACUUAUCGAUUAUAUUUAUUACAGUAAGACAAACAUGUAUGUGUUAUAACAAGAUUAUAUAACUGAAAUAUCAUAA